GCGGAAGAACCCCUGCUGCCGUCAUGUGACAUCGUAACCACGUCACCAUCAGCGGCUGCACGAGCUUCAAACCUCCUUCCGACAGCAAUAUUCCUCACGCAGUCAUGUCAAUGAAAGAAUCAAAGCCAAAUCUCAGCCAUUCCCAAGUUAUGGAGAUAGUGAAACGACUCUUUGGCUUAACUGCAUCCACCAUACAUCCAUUGCCCAGUUAUGAUGAUCAGAACUUUUAUGUGGCCUCUAGUGAAGGUGGCGAGUACGUUCUGAAGGUUAUGAACUCUGUAGACAGUCAAAAUUUCACUCUUCUAGAACUGCAAACUCAUGCCAUGAACUUCUUACACCAGAGAGGACUUCCUGCCCAGACCGCUUUACCCAACCUGACUGGCCAACUCUUGAGUUUGGAAGAAAUUGAUUGUGGUUAUGGCAUGCAGAAAUAUUUGGUCCGCUUGCUCACCUACCUGCCUGGCACUACAAUAGCCAAAAUAACAAGCAGUCCCCAGAUCUUGUAUGAGGUUGGGAAAAUGGCAGCCACAUUGGAUAAAGUUUUACUGCAAAUGGAGCAUCCAAACAUCAGUGCCCUCCAGAGAGAGAAUUUCAGGUGGAAUCUUGGCAGUAUUCCUCUCUUAAAUCAAUAUCUUCAUGUGAUGGAUGGGGAUCCUGUGCAAAAGAUUGUUAAAGGUGUAAUGGAGCAGUACCAGGCCCAAGUUGUGCCAAAACUAACACUUUUUCGCAAGUGCAUUAACCAUGGAGACCUCAAUGACCACAAUCUCUUGGUGGAACCCAUUGGACCUUCAAGGUACAAGAUCUCAGGGAUUCUUGACUUUGGAGACAUGAGUUAUGGGUAUUUUAUAUUUGAGCUGGCCAUCGCAAUCAUGUACAUGAUGAUUGAAAAUUCCAAUCCGAUAGAUGUUCGAGGGCCAGUUGUGGCGGGAUGGGAAAGUGUUUUUCCUCUUAAUGAUGCAGAAAAAGACGCACUCUAUUUUCUGGUUUUGGGUCGGUUCUGCCAGUCACUGGUUCUGGCCCGACAUGCGGUUAUUCAGCAACCAGAGAACACAGAAUACUUGAUGACGACGGCCAAGACUGGUGUGCACCACCUGUAUCGUCUUUGGGAGCUGGGUAAAGAGGAAGUGGAAAGAAUAUGGUUCCGGAGUGUUGCACAGUUCAGUCAUGCAACAUUUAUAGACCGUGACUGAUCGCUGCAUCGGGGAAUAUACUGUUAUGUCUUGUGUUAAAGGAAUAGUCCUCCCAAAAAUAAAAUUCCUGUUGUUGUUUUCUCACAUGUUGUUCCAAUCACAUAUGACUUUGGUGACAGAAGUGGUGACAUUUUGUAGAAAAUUGUUGAUUUUAAACCAAACAGUUUGUUUAACACUGAUGUCUGUUCCAUGUUCUUUUGUUGUCUGUUUGCUUUUGAUCUCAGAACUAAUGUGAGUAGAUGGCAUAGAGGAAGAAUUUGUAUAUAUUCCUGUAUCACAUACAGUGGCAAGAAAAAGUAUGUGGAUUUACCUGCAUUUAUGAAUUUGUUUUUCUUAAAAUCUGGUUUGUUCUUCAUCUAAGUUACAAUAAUGAACAAAUACAAUCUAUUUUAACUAAUAACACACAAAUUAUUGUGUUGUUGUACAUAUUGAAUACAUCAAACAUUCACAGUGAAGGUUGGGAAAAAGUAUGCGAACCCCUAGGCUAAUGAUGUCGACAAAAGCUAAUUAGAGGCAGGAGUUGGCAAACCUGGCUUCCAAUUAAUGAAACGACAUUGGAGGUGUGGUUUAGAGCUAAUUUGACUUAUAAAAAGCACUAAAACAUUUUUAGUUUGCUAUUCACUAGAAGCGUCUUCUUACGUGGACCAUGCGUUGCAAAACAAAAGAGAUCUCAGAAGACCUACGUUCAAGAAUUGUUGCUUUGCAUAAAGCUGGAAGGGGUUACAAAGUUAUCUUCAAGAGCUUAGAUAUUCAUCUGUCCACAGUUAGACAAAUUAUCUAUAAAUAGAGACGAUUUAGUUCUGUGGCUACUCUCUCUAGAAGUGGCUGUCCAGCCAAGUUGACUUAAAGGCCACACCACAGAAUACUCAAUGAGGUAAAAAAGAAUCCUAGAGUAAAAGCCAAAUACUUGAAGAACUGCCUGGUCCGAUGAGUCCCAUUUUCUUUUACAUCAUUCGGGCGGCCCUGUACGUGUGCGCUGUUUACCUGGGGAAGUGAUGGCACCAGGAUGCACUGUGGAAAGAUGACUAGCUGGUGGAGGGAGUGUGAUACUCUGGGCAGUGUUUUGCUGGGAAAGCCUUGGUCUGGCCAUUCAUGUGGAUGUCAUUUUGACAUGUACCACCUACCUAAACAUUGUUGCAGACCAGGUACACCCCUUCAUGGCAAUGGUGUCCUCUGAGGGCAGUGGCCUCUUUCAGCAGGAUAAUGUGUCCUGCUACACUGCACACAUUGUUUGGGAAUGGUUUGAGGAACAUGAUGAAGAAUUAAAGGUGUUGCCCUUUAGAGAGUGGCAAAAUCUCAAGCUGGCACUCAUCCAGGACACCCCAUAACCAACAACAAAUUUUAAAACCACAGACAACCUACUGUAAAGUACCAUUUAAAAAAAAGCAUAAUUUACACUACAGAAUAAUAGAACAAAUUUUGGGAAAGUGAUACCGUUCCUUCUGUGUUUUUCAAUUUUUAAAUUGAUCCAAACUCUCUUCUACAGUAUAUGACCAAAAACAAUAGUUAAUUAUGACCGUCAUUUUGUUGAUCAGCAUAGAAAGCAUAA